UGAUUGGUCGUAUUGGGCAGUAAUCGAUGACCAUGGCGAGUUUGGAGAGUUUACCACACAGACUGCUUACCACCGCGCUUAUCUAUUUUCUGUUCCUUCAGCUGGCGAUCCGGUUUGGCAUCUUUGGCCCAACAAUUCUCGAUUUGGGCAAUCAAUUGGGUGUCACUCAGCAGCAGAUGUCAGUUGUCUUCUCAGUGACUAGUAUUGGAACCUGUGUCGGAGCCAUCGGCAGUGGUUUUCUAUUCAAAUGGGUGCCCAAACAAGUGGCGUUGUCAUCAAUUGUGGUGAUGCUGGGAAUUGUCGUAUCGUUUGUCACAUCCAUUUACAAUUACUACCUCUUUAUGGGCCUUCAGUUUGUGAUAGGCGUCACAUCGGGCGCCGCCAUCAAUGCCUGCGAGGCCUGGGUUCUAGAGAUAUGGCAGGACUCGUGUCCGCCUUAUAUGCAAGCGCUUCAGUUCUUCCGAGGACUCGGCUAUAUAUUGGGUCCCAUUAUUGUGGAGCCAUUCCUCACUACCGAAGUAGUCGAAGACGAUUCGGUCACAACU